AUUCCAAGCCAGCAAAGCUAUAAAACACCUGAUGAAGCGCUCACCUGCUUAUCCACACUACAGACUGGUGAGGUGAACUUAACAUGGGCACUGAGUCAGAAAAUAACAGCAAAGAGGGGUUUCUUGUGAAAAGGGGCCAUGUGGUUCAAAAUUGGAAAGCUCGUUGGUUUGUACUUAAUCCAGACAGACUUCUGUAUUAUAAAUAUGUGGGCAGCAAACAAAAUUCCUGCCAUCGAGGGACCAUAAUGUUGAGCAACUGCAAAAUUACAUGUCCUUACCUGGAGUACGAAAACAGACCGUUGGUGCUGAAGCUGCAGACCAGCACUUCAGAGGAGUACUUUCUAGAGGCUUGCACUAGAGAGGAACGUGACGAAUGGGCUGCAGCGAUUGGUGCAGUGGUACAGAACCUCAGCUCACAUGAUGCACAGACACCCUCCCCAUCACAAAUCAAAGGUUCCACAUCACUCCAGCUUCACAACAUCAACCUCAGUCAGGUGGUGGACUCCAUGUAUGAUGUACAUACUGGUAUCCGGCUAUGCAGUCAUGCUGAGCAGGGGAGCUCUUACACCAACUGUUUCUCAGGUGCAGCAGCGGUGGACUGGUUUGUGUUUAAUAAGUUGGCUCUGACUCGUGUGGAGGCAGUAACAUUAGCCUCUGCACUGCUGGACGAGGCCUCCCUGCGGCCCAUCGGGGUCAGGAGUGCAGACGCUCUUCGCAACGCAGCUCUAGGUGAACAGUUCCUCGAUGACUCCACUGCACUCUACUGCUUUUCCCAAAGCAUCCAGAAGAGAGGCAGUGUGAAAGCAGAGAAGUCUUGGUCUGCGGUGGAACUCGGAGGAAAAGUGGUGAAGAGAGGUUACCUGCUCAAACAGGGGCACAAAGUGAAGAACUGGAAGGUGAGAUUGUUUGUUCUGAGGGCAGAGCCUGGUUUCCUGCACUAUUAUGAUCCUAGCAAGAAUGAAAUCACUCCGGUUGGCAGUAUAUCUCUGCGUGGCUGUCUGGUGUCUGCUCUGGAUGAUAACGGCACACCGUCAGGUGUUAAAGGUAAAGUUCAGGGGAACCUCUUUAAAAUCAUCACUCAGAAGGACGCACACUAUUACAUCCAGGCCCCAACACAUGAAGAGAGGAUGGACUGGAUACAAGCUAUUAGACUACUGACUUAAUUAGGUCAUUGUUAGUAUUGUUCAUUUUAUUGCUAAGUUGGUAUUGCUUAAUUUAUAUUUCUGUCUGUCACACAUCUAUUUAGAAAUCUUGUGCUGUUUUAGUAGUUGUACAUGUGGUGUUUGUGUAUGUGCAAAGAAAACAGAUAUCCAGUGUUGUACAGCUAAUACAUGUGGGGCCAACACAAGGCCUCAUUCAAGUCAGCAUAUAGAAUAUUUCCAUUUAAAAUUCAGAUUUAAAAAAUUUUUUUUUUUUAGUUUUUCUGUUUUAUAACAUACUGGUGGUAAAGCUUAUACAUUCAGUGAAUGUACUUUGAAUGCAUAAAUGAUGAUCGUUGUGAAAUAUAUUUUGUCAAAUUUUGUAAGCAAA